UGUUCAAUCAAUUAUUCAAAAAUUUUAUAUAGUACUUGGAAGCCUAUUUUAAGUAAAUUUCAGCUAUUUUUCUCCAGGCUUUUAUCUAAUUGUAGACACAAAUGACAAAAGAAAUAAGAAAAAUCGCCGCCAUCUUUGUUAGAUAAACGUCAUCGACGUCAUAGGAGGAUUUUUGUAGUCGUGUAUCGUGUUCGACUGUGUUCGUUGAUACCGAAUCACCGUCUUUUUUGCUUUGCUCGGAGAGCCACGUCAUAUUUGUUUGUCGUGCGGUCGGGUUCGCGGGGCAUUUUUCUCGCAUUUCCCGUAACUCGAAGAUAUGAAUAUAUUCCGCCUCUUGGGUGAUUUGUCGCAUCUUCUAGCGAUUAUAAUACUUCUCAUCAAGAUAUGGAAAACGAGGAGUUGUGCCGGUAUAAGCGGCAAGACGCAAAUCCUAUUCGCAAUUGUAUACACAACGCGGUACUUAGAUCUGGUAACCACGUACAUUUCAGCGUACAAUACUUUUAUGAAGAUCGUAUUUAUUGCAGCUUCUUAUGCCACAAUCUUUUUCAUGUAUGCCAAAUUUAAGGCAACAUACGAUCACAACCAUGACACGUUCAGAAUUGAGUUCCUGGUGUUGCCAGCUCUUGUGCUGGCGCUGGCGAUAAACCACGAAUUUUCGUUUUUGGAGGUACUUUGGACAUUUAGUAUUUAUUUGGAGUCAGUGGCCAUUUUGCCACAAUUGUUCCUCGUCUCGAAAACAGGAGAGGCAGAAAGCAUCACGAGCCAUUAUCUCUUCGCAUUAGGAUCCUACCGAGGACUUUAUCUUUUCAAUUGGGUUUAUCGUUACUAUGUAGAGGAUCAUUAUGACUUGAUCGCUAUUGUCGCUGGUCUCGUACAGACAGUUUUGUAUUGUGACUUCUUCUAUUUGUACAUUACCAAAGUUCUCAAAGGCAAGAAACUCCAGCUGCCCGCUUAGCUGGUUGACCAGAAGUAUUACUUAAAAUACUAUUCGCCUAUUGAUUGGCUCUCGAUCGAGCUUCGAAAGCGUACUUCAGAGGCUCGAAGAGAGAAGCGUACAUGCACAAGUGUACAUUCAACCAAGCCCAAUAUUUCUUGGACCUGGAUUUUAAUGGCCCAUCUAAUUUUGCAUCGCGUUUCUCAUUAUCUUUGCAUCGUGCUGUACAUAAUCACAUACGCAGCGAUUGUCAUCCUGAGUAAACGUAUCGAUCUAGUGCUUGGAAGAGAGUGUACAUUGAAAUUGUAUAAUAAUUAAUCAACUUUAAAACUAGUGUAAUUGGUAUUGUACGCUAGAAGAGCGAAGACCGGAUAGAUAAAACAAAUAAUGUCUGCCUGCAAUGUUUAAGUUAUCGUAAUUACGAUUUUUAUUAAAUAAAUAUCAUUAUAAUUAUUGAA